GGCUUCCUGGUCCUCAGCUCCGCCUCGCCUCGAUCUGGCCGGACAGCGAAAACACUUCUCAGUCAAAGAACAAAAGCAACAACGGAUGGACCGCGGAGGACGAAGUAACGGCGACUCAAAUUCAGACCUGAAUCUCACGGAUUGAAAGAACUGUGCCCUUAGACGGCAGGAUUUAGCCGACGACUGAACUCAUACGAAAGGCGGCAAACUUGGUCGCCUCGCAUCGUUGUAUCCCGACCGUAAUCCGUCGAGGUGCUUGAUAAAUAAGACAAGGGUCAAACCGACAGACACACGGUAUUGUUUCCUUGGUCUUCCUCUGAACUUCGGCCAUAAAAAGCGGAGCGCCAGAGGAGUAACUCCCGGUUUCUUUUGUUUUCUUUACGCCCAAACGGACCCCUGGGAUAACCGGUUAUUUCGGCAUUUUCGGUUUCUCUUUCUCUAUCUGUCUUUGUGAAGAGGCUACACUCAUCUUUUGGGACUGAGAACUUGGGAGUGGAACAAAGCCUGACUGGCAAGGGGUGAAAGAGCCCAUUUUGAUAUCCCAGAUGGCAACCCACGGUAAACGUAAUGGCAGAAAUGGACUCCUUAUGGGCAUGAAGGGAUCUACUGAACGAAAAGUAACAAAGACAGAAUGUGAAGGAAAACUUGGAGUUAAACACCCCUCUGAAGAUUUGCGCCACUCUGCCAGCUCAGCUGAAAGCAACGUGAGUGGUAUGGCUAGUUUCACCACCAACCACAACUCUGCUGUAUGCCUGCCUCUUGUGUCAGAGGGACUGAAAUUGGUAUGGACACAGUCGGAUCAAACUCGUGAACUCGACACAAUCCCAGAGCUGGUCCAAGCCUUUAACUUAUUUCCAUACCCAUCAUCCCGUGAGAUCAACAACCUGGCCCGGGUAUGUGCCUUGCCACUGGAUAAAGUUAAGGUGUGGUUUAUGGUGCAAAGAAUUAAAUAUGGUAUUAGCUGGUCCUCAGAGGAGAUAGAGGAGACUAGGCAAAAGCUGGCUGUGCCUGAGCUUUGUGAAUAUUCUGCUGAAACACAUGAGGAAGAAAAAAUGAAGAGCAGAAGUUGUGAGGAACUGGAAAUUGAGGAUAAGGACAACAUUGAAGAUGAGGGUGUUCUCUCUAUUCCCCAGAAGAAGAAACCAAAGUGUGAAUCACCAGAUUCCUAUAAACCAGCCAAACCUACUGUCCCAUGUUUCAGCUCCACCCUCCCACCUCCUCAGGAUUCAUACUUCUACCGCCCACCAGUGGACAAGCCACCAAGUACAGCAGCUGAUGUCUCCCUUGACCUCUCAGAUUCAUCAUCACGACGGAAUCGUCUUGGCCGCUACAAAAAGUCUAAAGCUCAACUGGCUGCCCUUAGGAAGAGCUUUCUGAGAGAGAACUGGCCUGCUGAGGUAGAACUUAGACGUUUGCAGGAAGAAACGGGGCUGAGCCGUAAUGACAUUCGUAAAUGGUUCAGUGAUAGCAGGUACCAACUUAGGGUUGGCCGAGGAAGUCUUGCUGCAGCUCAGAACUAUACCCAACACAGUGGAGGUAAACAGGAUCAACAAAUUCAACCUCUGCCACUUACAACACAGAAGACUAGUCAACUGAACUUGUUGAAGGGUCUGGAGGGAGCCCGCAACAAUGGGAUUAAAGAUUCAGAUUUCUUUCAGACAUUUUUAUCUAACAGUUUGGAAGCAAUUGGGGAAAGGGUCCUUGAGUCAGAAGGGUAUGAUAUUAUGGAGGAGCUUUCUGGGGAUGGCGACAGUUUUAAAGACGAAGAACAAAAUGAAGACCAACCCUUACAACUGACCAAGACCUGCAAGAUUGAGCCAGAUGUACCACAAGAACCAUCAGGUAUAUUAAGAUCCUCUCCGUGCUCUUCCCCCUCUGGCAGCCCACCACUUACUGCCUCACCUAAUAAACUACUUUCAAACAGCAUCAGCACAUCAAAGAAGUCAGCCCGCUUAGCCAAAGUCAGUCCCUCACAAAUCCCGUUGCACACCUCAAGGGCUCCCUUAUCUACACCCCCUGCCCUCACUCCGGCUGGGCGACCAAGAAAGACCAAGGAGCAGCUGGAUAUGUUAAAGCAGCACUUCUUGCGCUGUCAGUGGCCCAAGAGUGAAGACUACACUGAACUUGUUAAGCUUACAGGUUUACCCCGUGCAGAUGUUAUUCAAUGGUUUGGGGACACACGGUAUGCCGUGAAAAAUGGCCAGCUGCGCUGGGUGAAGGGGGUCCGCGACCAGUUCUUGGCAGAACUUGCUGCCCAGCAAAGUAGCAGCGGUUUAACUAAUGGCUCUGGGACAUCAUCUCGGCCUGGGGGUAGUCGAAAACGAAAAGCUCAAGCAAAUGCAGCAAGUGCAGAUUAUCCUGAUAUCCAGCCGUUAGUGACAUAUCACCUUUCAACAGGCUCACUACAUGAAAAAGACCUUGACUCUCUAUGCAAGAAAUCAAGAAUGAGCUACCAGCAGGUGCGAGAUUGGUUUGCAGCUCGUGAUGUUGGGGGGGACUGACCAAGAACCCAUUGUUGCUGAUUAAGACACUGGAACCAGACUUAAGAACAUUUCUGAAAGUUGAUGGAGUGCUCCUGAAAACUUUUGCACCAACAAGCAUAGUUAUUACUUUGGUUUAAAUUGCUUUAAAUCUGCAGGUUUGUAACAUCCGGUCUUCCCAGUACAAGCCCAGUUUGGGGCUUGUGUUUUUAUAUAUGCUGCAUUUCCUGCUUAUCCUAAUAUAUUUUGGACUUGAAUUAUAAUUGUGCUGCCCUUGUUGCUGUAAAUAGGACAGUAACUUCUACACUGGUUUGCUUUUUUUUUUUUUUUUUUAAUAGCAUUUUUUUGUUUAGAUAUCACUACUACAGACUUUUAGUAUUCCAUUGUAGCAGCAUCAUUUAAAUUGGUUGUACUUUUGGUACCUGACUAAAGCAGAUAAGAAACUGCUCCGGAUAAACGUCUAUGUUGAUAAAUUUGUUGACUGAUCACUGUGUGUAAUCAUUCCUUUACAGCCAAUAAUUCCUUGUCAUGAAAAGCACACUGGACAUGUACACUUAAUUAGACAUCUUGCACUUUGGUUUCAGAGCCUGCUGCCAUAUUCAUUAAAUCCAAUUCUUUCACAAAAUAUCAGUCCCUAACUAAACAGUGUCAUUCUUCAUCCCUUAACACUGAAACCUAUUGUCAUGCCUUUUGAACACAGCAUGAUACAUCUAAUUCUACUAAUGUCUACAGCAUAUUUCUGAGACACAUUCCCUGAUUCUCCUUUAAACGCUCUGCUGUAAUACAUAAUUUGCUAUUUGUAUACAUUUGGUAUUUGCAUUUAACUGCACCUUUUUUGAAUAGUAAAGGAUAACAGUUGUAUCAACAUCAUACAAAGUCAGAAUUGCCAGCUUCAGCUCUGAUUUACACUCCUUAAGUCAGUAUUUUUUAUAUCUUUUGUCUUAAUAGCUGUAGGGUGUGACUUGAUGGAUUAUAAUCUAGACAAACUAGACAAGAUAACAGAUGGGGGCCACAUACUGUAUAAGUAGCAAUGGGUAUUUAAUCCAAAGACUGUUCCAAAUGACUGUUCUGAUAAAUCAGAUUAUGAAUUAUAGCACAAACAUUAUACAGUCAGGUUAUAAUUAUAGAAAAACUCCACACUCUAAAGUAUUUUUAGUAAACCUACAGGGGGUGAAGUGGGCUUUAGAUGGACUUUAGUUCAUUAGAAAUGUCUGGAUAAAGGUUAGAUAACCAGGAUGUUGGUAAAGCAGUGUCCAUCACGGUGUUUUGUCAUUCUAUUAGUAAUGAAAAGUCAAUGCGAGUGUCAUGCUGUCCGUAACGCUUAGUGUCUUCUUUUGAAGAUGUUUUCAAUGUAUUUUCUCCUUUUUGAAACAUUUCUCAUUUGCACAAUUGUGUCACUGGAAACCAGUAAAGGAUUUGCCUUUCUAAA